AUUUCCAGGCCCGAUACUGACACGGAAGGAGCAGGAAAACACUGGCAGCAGAUAAGCUGAGCAGUUGUAGAAUAAGUAGUAGUAGUAGAAGUAGAAGAAGAAGAGGAAGGAGAAAGAGAAUGAGAACUCUACUCCUCUCCCUUCCUACUCCUCAUCCCACCCUCCCUGCCCCAACCUCCAUCUCCUUGCUCACACCAAAACCAACCCUAACCCCAAAACCCCAUACUCUCGUCUCCGCCACUCUCUCCACCUCGGUCUAUUCCCUCGAUCUCGCCGCUGAGAAUACAUGGAGAAAGACGGGGAAGAAGAGGACGAGGAAGGGGCGGAGGGAUUUCCGCGCCGGCGCCGGCGAGGACGACGUGGAGGCGGACAACGGCGAUGUGUACGACCUGGAGGAGGAGGAGGAGGUGGAGGAGCUGGACAACAAGAAGGACUACGACGUCGAGUACGACCGCCUCCUCGGCGCUCCCGUCUCGCCCGCUGCCGUCGCUGCCGAGGACGCGUCGCCGGACGAUAUCGAGAUGGUGCCGAGCGAGAGCUUCGUGUCGACCCAGGGGUGGGACUCGGAGACGGUGGUCGAUUACCGGAUCAACGAGGAGGAGUUCCACAAGAUCAGCCUCCUUCAUUGUGACUUCUUCAUCCGGAAGCCUCCCGACCCGGACAAUAAUGUCUUCGACUUCAGAGAGAUGUAUGUCACUCCUCCUGACACCGAUGUGUAUUCAAUUCCGAAGGUUCUGUCUCCGAUGCCUCAGAAGUACAUACGCUGUUCAAAAACUAACUAUGGAUGCUAUAAUGUUACUGAACCACCUAUAGAUGCACCUCGAGAUCCAUUAUAUAAAACUGAGAGGGAGAUCCAUAAGGUUUUCUUAACAAAGCAUUUCAGAAACAGGCGAUUGAGUGAUGCAGAGUUCGUUCUUGAUUUUGAGGAGAUUUACGUUAUUGACUCAAAAACAAAAUCAAUCACAAGAGCAAAAGUUUUGGUAACUAUUCCUGAAGGAAAAAACAGGGACAGAAGGAAUGACCUGCUAAUCGUACGUGAUGGUGGAACUUCUUUCAAAAUAAUUGACAAGAGUCAAAGAGUUGAUCCAACAACUGUCAUAGAGAGAGAGGAGUGGAUCCAGACAAGACAAGAGAUGGAGAAUCAUCUUCGGAAGCUGCGAGACUUCCCCAUUUCAAAUUGGUUUUGAUGAGUUAAUAUUAAAUUUUCAGGGGCAAAGAUUGAUGUCAGUUUUUGUAUGGCUACUAGAUGCAAUAUCUAGGGGAGGAAUUCGAGUAAAGAACUCUCUGUUUUGGUGGGGGUUUAGAAACAGUUACUGAUUGCUAUUCAAGGUUCUGUACUGUUUUUAGAUGCAGCGUUCUGGUGGUCACGAAGCUUUUAAUGAAGUGUUCAGUGCCUUUAAUCUCUUGUUUCA